AUGGGUGGAAAUUUAUCAUCUGAAUUGAAAUCAUCGAAAUACAGAAAGAGAGAAGUUGUCGAUUUGAGAAAGAUGGAAAUCGAUAAACUGCCACCAACCAUUGGAACAUUGUUGUGCAAACAAUUGUUGUUGGCAGAGAACGACUUGACUACACUCCCAGAGGAGAUCGGAAAGUUGGUGAAUGUCGAGGUUUUGGAUGCAUCAAAGAACAGAAUCACAUCGAUCCCAAUCGAAGUCGGACAGAUCAAAUCAUUGAAGGAGUUGUUCCUCAACAACAACAAGUUGUUCUGCACUCCGCUGCCCGCUAAACUCGGUGACUUACGUCAGCUGACCAAGCUCGAUCUCUCUGGUAACCAACUGGACGAACUCCCAGUGGACUUGUCGAAUUUGGAGCAUCUCGAGUAUUUCGAUCUCUCCGAUAACCAGCUCCAGUCGUUCCCGAUGGAGUUUGAACCAGCUCAAGGUGUUGCCAGCCGAGAUCUCUGGAUGGAUCAAGUUGCAGGAGCUCAACGUCUCGCUCAAUCAGCUCAUUACAUUGCCAAACCAGAUCGGUCUGCUCGGUCAACUGUCCACACUCAACGCCAGCUCCAACAAGCUUCAGAUGCUCCCAGAGGAGUUGUCCCACAUGAUCUCACUGACCGACCUCGACCUCAAGGUGAACCCACCUCUCCAAUACGUGCCAUCGCUCGCCAACUUGCGUGCACUCAAGAAGCUCAGCAUCAGAAAUCUACAGAUCUCUCACUUGCCAAUGGGUAUUGGAUUGCUCUCUGA